CCUCGCGUGCUCCGGAAGAGGCGGCGGAAAAGCGGGAAAGUGGGUGAGGAUUAUUUUUUUUGUUGUUGUUGCUCGUCGCGUUUCUGCAAGGAUAUAACCGACGAAGAAGGUGAAGAAAAGUGGUGCGUCUCGAGAAAAACCUGAAUCUUGUCCGUUUUGCAGUCGCGAGUCAGUUCUUGGAGGAACAAGUCUGGAAUCGGAACCGGUUUUCAUCACCUUGAAAGUGAUCAUUGUAUGAAAAAUCCAGUUUUCUUCAUAAGAUAAGAUGCUGUGAUUGAAGAUGUGUGGAAAUUAGUGAAACUGGGUUUAAUUUAGUGCGUGGAAAACUAGUUUUUCAAGAGUGAUAAGCAUACAUGUUUGUUAUGAUUUGUUUCAAGAAGACGAUGCACGAAAAAGAAGAUUCAAGGAUAAAACAGAAUCUUUACUCGGAAUGUGAAAGCAAGCAGCAGCAUAAGACGAAGAGAUGGGCCAUUCAAUUGCGUAGCAACUAUGAUUCGGCCGCGUUGAUGCUGGCUAGGAACUGAACGCGUUGAACAUCCUAAUAGGACGAACCAGCCUCAGCAGAAAUAGUGACUAGUGCGAUUCAGGAUUUCUGUGGUCGGCCGGUGUAUUGGUGAGAACGGUGGCUGUCGCAAAUUCUCUCGUUCUCUCUCUCGCGAAACGAAAUCCAUGCGACGUCGACGACAGUGCCACUGAGUACUGACUGCGAACUUGACUCCUGCUCCUGCCACGCACGGCCAUCACGGCCGGUGUGGGGUGUUCUUAUGUACUAGCAGCUGAACAGGUGGUGGUGGGCUGCGAGGGUGGCGUGCGAAGAAACGGUGGCUAUCGCGCGGGGAUGAGGUGGCUCGGAAGCACCAUGAACUUUGCUAGCUAAGGAGCAAGAAGAUGCAAACGGCCAAGCUCAAACGGUUGACGUUCGUCUAAGACGUUGGUUGGUCGUGGCAGUUUGGAUAUUUUGGCGUGCGUGGAGAGUCCGCGGUAGUGGCAUGUGGCGGUCCUCAGAGCGAGGGGUCCCUGUGAGAUUGUGCGUGUGCAUCGUGUAGUCCGAGUAGGGAAGAAUUCUGAAGAUGCUGUGCGCUUCUCGGGUGGCGAAUUUUUAAGAUGGAGGUUGAAAAGCAAAAAGUGAUGAACUGAAGACUGAAGAAGUGUGUUGAUGUAAAACGCUUGUGCUAUUGUGUAAACGAGUUGCUAUAACAAAAGAACUAUGCGAAUUACAGUUUAAAGGAGUUUCAGUGUCGACAACUGUAUAAAUGUAAAAAAUAGUUAAAUGUAGAAACAAAUAAUUUCUCAAAACUUCCACAAAUGUAAACAAUAAUAAAAUAUCGCAAUCCAUAAAACCUAUAAUCAAAAGGAUAAAACCUCCAAGAAAGGAUAAGUUCCUUUUCACAAAAAUCGUGCAAUAAAUGAAAUACUCUAAGGGAUAAUAGAAAAAGGAUCAACAUCUUAAAACCUCCUCCAGAGAAAGAACCAGGAGAAAAGGCAAGUUUCUUAAAGGAGCUACUAAACCAAUACAAAAGCAUCUAACGCAUACCAUCAGAGUGCGUAGCCAGGUUUAUCACUGUCGAUACCAGAAGUUCGCUUGCUCCAUCCCAGUUCGUUAAGAAAAUUUCCGUUUUCUUGAAGCCACGCACCGGGUCCAUCUGUUGGUCCAGGAGGGUGGUCAAGCCAGCGAAUACACCCCAUCAUCAUCUGCUGCAAUCGAUACCGAGUUUUGCCGCCCGAAAAUGAAAGAACACUCGUCCAUGGUUGACGUCGUGUUCGACGAGGCGGCGGAUUUCAAUCCGGACACGAUGCUCUCCAGCGUGUUCCUCGAUCCCGGGCUGGACUUCAUCGACGAAGCCCUGGUCGGGGGCGACGAGCACAUGAUGAUGAUGAGCAUGGGUCAGGACUUUCUUCACAGCUUCGCGGGGACGUCGCAACUGUUCUAUCCACCAAUGACGGCGGCGACGGCGACACUGGAUCAACAGCAACAAGGUGUGGUUACAACGCUGAUGGACGGAGGUGGUCAGCUGGUUUUGUCAAAUCAGUUGGUAGUGGGGCCAUUGCAGCAACAACAGCAAAAAUGUGCCAUCGAACAGAAGUCAACGACGAUGACGGUUGGACGGUAUGAUCCGACGACGACGACACCGACCGCGACCGCCAGCGAUUAUGUAAAACAGGUGGCGGCACCGGCGAUGGCCCCCCAACCCCAGCAGCAGCAGCAGCAGACGUGCAAGUGUGAAUUCUGCGAAUACCUCCAGGCAAACCGGAUCAGUUUGAGUGGUUCCGCCGGUGCAAGUUCCGGGGCUGGUGCCGUGGCAGGAGGUGACCAUGUGUUCCAGUGCGAGUUCUGUGGGGAAGGAUUUCCCAGCCAGAGUAGCUUUAAUCGACAUCGCUGUGGAAGUACGGACAUCCAGGUGUACCGUUGCGAACAGUGUCGGCGCGAGUACGGGACUUCCAGGACAGAGUCCAGCAUUAAUGGGCUGGAAGCGAGAGGAAAAUGUGAUAUUUGCAAUCGAAACUAUGUGCAAUCAACGACAACGGUGGGGGAGGAAGUGGGGACGGGGGCGACGAUUUAUGGGCAGGUUGGACGCCCUUCCCUGGCGGAAGCCGGAAGCUAUGGAAACACCAGUAGUAGUAACAGUAGUAAGGCCUCCCUUGUAGAUAGCCCAAUGGAACAUGACCUCAGCAGUAUUGAACCAUUCGGUUCGGAUAGUGAAUGUAUUAGUGAAUUGUUGACCGAGGAAUCAACUCCAAUGCUGGAAGCCCAGCAAAGUGUGCUUCCUGGAAAGACCUACUUUGUUAUGGGAAAUGUUGAGCUGCAGCAAGUCGCAGGGUCAUACAUUCAGAAUGCCAAAGUCAGUAGUGAAUCAAAUGUAACCAGCUUGCAUCAGUAUGACCAAUACGAGGAUGAAGACUACUCAUCGAUGUCAGAAGAUGAAGCUAUUGUUCCAAUAGAACCCUAUGCCAAAUCGCCCAAUCAGGAGCAAGCCAAAACCGAGUUGCCAAUACAGGAAACGUUCAUCGACACCAGCACCAAUGUGGGCCUUCCGUCGUUCUCGUCCAUAGUGUCAUCCACCGGCCUUGCAUCGAUUCUCCCUCAGGAAGAGGAAGGCCGGUGCGAUUCGUCCAGCAAAGGUCCAGAUCCGGUGCCUCAACCGGAUCGUCCAUUCAAGUGUCAAAUCUGCGACCGAUCGUAUCGGAACCACAAGAACCUCAAGGCCCACAUUAAAGGAGCCCACGAGGGAAUCCGAGCGAACAAAUGCGAGAUUUGUGGGAAGAACUUUUCCGGAAGCAGCUACCUAGUGAUUCACCGACGGAGGCAUACCGGCGAGCGACCGUUCAAAUGCACGACUUGUGGCAAGGCAUUCGUGGACAGUCGAGCCUUAUCGGUGCAUGCUCGGUUGCAUACGCCGGGCAGUCGACUGAAAUGUAUGAAGUGUGAAAAGACUUUCUCCAGCGCUUCCGCAUUAACGGUGCACAACCGGUUGCAUACAGGAGUUCAUCCGUACAAGUGCGAAGUUUGUGAUAAAACGUUUCCCCAGUACAACAAUCUGAAGCAUCACAUGAAGAAACACGAAAAUCCACCGUCAGAUCAACACGCGUCAAUGGACACCAACUCAAAUUGCAGCAGUGCGGGAGUCGGCGGAGGAAUAAACAGCCCGGCUGGCACCUCGGUCGGUUCUCCCGGAAUGCCACUGGAGUACAAGUGCAAUGUGUGUAGUAAACCGUUCGGCACAUCGGAAGAACUACAAACGCACCUCAAUCAACACUGUAAGGAUCGCCCGAAUCAGUGCGAGUUUUGCUCAAAAGUUUUCCCGCGAUCGUCACAUUUGAUAAUCCACCGAAGGAGGCAUACGGGUGAACGGCCAUUCAAGUGCAAAUACUGUGAAAAGGCGUUUGUCGAUUCGAGGGCCCUUUCCGUGCAUACGAGGCUUCACACUGGCGAAAGGGUAACAUGUGACAUCUGCUUGAAGACGUUUGCCAGCAGCUCUGGUCUCAUCGUGCAUCGGCGGAUUCAUCUCGGCAUACACCCAUACAAGUGCGACUAUUGCCCGAAAUCCUUCGCCCAAUCAACGGCCCUAAAGUACCACCUGAAAAAGCACGACGGUCCUAACCUUCCCACUACUACUGACUGCAAUGAAGUAUCCCACUCACGAUCAUCCACCAUCGAUUCUAGCUCCUUCUCGGAACACUCUUCAGAUCAGUCGAAUCCUCCCACCACCACCACCAGUCCGGAACCCUCGACGACCAACCCUGCGCCCGGUCACGUGAAGUGCCCUACGUGCAACAAGCACUUCCGCUCGGCUGAAUAUCUGGCACGGCACCGUAGGACCCACUCCGGCGAACGGCCGUACCAGUGCGAGAUUUGCGGCAAAAACUUCAGUACUACUAGCUACCUGGUCAUACAUCGGAGACGACACACAUCGGAGCGCCCGUACAAGUGUCCGUACGCGGACUGCUCCAAGGCGUUUGUGGACAGCCGUGCACUGCAGGAGCAUAGCCGGUCGGUCCAUUCAAAAAUUCGAGUACCUUGUGAGACCUGCUCGAAAACGUAUUCGAGCGUUAGUAAUCUGAUCGUUCAUCGGAGGAUCCACAGCGGAGUUCAUCCAUUCGAGUGUGACGUUUGUGGGAGAUCGUUUGCCCAGAAAAAUGCGCUCAAAUAUCAUCUAAAGCAGCACGUCAACAGACAGGAAACUGUGAAAAGUUUUACUCAGAAAGUCGGGGAGAUUUUUACGUAGAAAAUUAGAAUAAAAUCAUUCCAAUCGAAGCAACCAUGAAACCAGACCAGUAUUGAAUGUUUAGAGUAAACUAAGAGUGCUAUGACUUUAUGAUUCCUAUUGUUUCGAAUGCAGUGAUAUAGUAACCAAAGUAGUAAGAUAAUGACAAACAAAUCGUUGAAUGGAUGUGAACCUUGUAACUAAUACCCUGUACAGAGUAGAGACGUUAGACUUUUACAAAGCAAAUCGAAAUGUAAACUAAGUCAAAGAGAAGAUGUAAGAAACCGCGCAAAAGAAAACAAAAGAAUCGUUCCUUAUUUGAAGACUUUUAAACUAAUUUUACUAAGUAGUAAGCAAAAGUGAACAUAAAACGAGCAAAAUCGCGAAUUAAACCAAAGUACGACUAAGUGUAGUAUAAAUAUGAAAUCUUUUAAUUUAUUACAAUAAAACGAAAUGUAACUCA